UUUUUAAAUCCAGAUUUUUAAAAUAUGUUUGGUGAUGUCAUGUCUUUUCUUUUUCCUUCUCAGAUUUGGAUCACACAGCAGAUGUGCAGCUACAUGCCUGGGGAGACACUUUGGAAGAAGCAUUUGAGCAGUGCGUCAUGGCCAUGUUUGGCUACAUGACCGAUACAGAGACCGUGGAACCUGUUGAUACAGUAGAGGUAGAGGCAGAAGGACAUGACAUGUUGUCUCUUCUCUUCCACUUCUUGGAUGAGUGGCUGUAUAAAUUCAGUGCUAAUGAGUUCUUUAUACCCAGGGAGGUGAAAGUGCUUUACAUUGACCGAAUGCAGUUCAAAAUAAGAUCAAUUGGGUGGGGAGAAGAGUUUUCUUUACCCAAACACCCUCAGGGCACAGAGGUCAAAGCCAUAACUUACUCAGCAAUGCAGAUCUGUGAAGAGGAAAAGCCAGAAGUCUUUGUCAUCAUUGAUAUUUAAAGCAAGAAAAGUGUGGUCAAGUGGAUACGUGUCAUCGGCUGGCAAAAGUCCCUUGAAAACCAUAAUCCCUGUGGAAGUAACUAAGGAAUUGGCCAAUUCAAGUCAUAAAUUGAAGGGAAUAAUUGUGAGGAAUGUCAGCCUCUGUUUUGACUUGAAGAUGGUGAGACAGAGAAAUACCUGCAUGCCAAGAAAAAAGAACUAGCUGUUGAGGAGAAAGGGUUGUAGGGGUUGAAAGUCUCUCCAGGAAUGCUGGGAGUCAGCUGUUAAGGGUGAUACAUGUGUUAGGUGCUGUACGAGCUAAAUAGAUAAAUGAGUGGAGCUGCUAGCUAAAAUACUAUCUCUUUGUAGGGUGGCAGGAGAUAAUGGUGAUCUACGUGAUUUCAUUUGGAGAUUUAAGUGUCCUAAUUUUGAAGUGACAUUCCUCCUCUAUCUUAUAUAAAAGGUCCAAAAUACCUGCAGCGGGUUGUAUUUAAUGUAGAAAAAAUUCUGACUGUUCAAAGGACACCUAGGAAAGUAUAUCAAUUAAAAACAACCAGCACACCUAGACUUUUAAAGAG